GUAAGUAACAAUUUCUGAGGUGUCUUGAGAUUCGCAAAGUGACCGCAAGAAAACUAAGUUAAUGACAAUGGAAUAUAAAUAUAUUCUAAGUAUAUAGAAAAUCCUUACGUGAACGGGAGGAGAAAGCCCGUAUACCCUUUUCGCCUACGGCCUUCUUUAUCAAGUUUGGUUUCGGUCAAUCCCGUCAACCUCUCCGUAACAACAACAUUAUUCCCGCUUAUUUCUCGUAUCUUUAGAAGCAUUACAUGCGAAAAUAAUAGCUGAACAUAUUCAACUUCGGAUUAUCAGCGUUAUACAAGCUCAAGUCAGUCGCAUCACAUUUCAUCAGUUGUUCAGUGUUAUGGCUUCUUUAGAACUUGUGUCUUAAACCCGAACCCGCGGGCCCCGAAAAACACGUCACAAAAGUCUAUAGUCGCAUAAUGUGGACUAGCUAUGGAGUGCGAAAUUUGGAAUCCCCUCGGAAUACAUAGAAGGGGGGAUGUUAUAGCAUGAGUAAGCAGAGAGACUAUAGCUGUAGGUUCUUACGAAAGCGUCUAGUACGAGAGCCAGUCUUCUCCCACGGACAACCACGUAGACGUGGGGUAUAUUACCGUAUAAGAACACAUGCGGGUAUACGUAUUUGUACAUUUACCUGCCAUGACCCGGUUAUAAUGGGCAAAAUCAAUAAAGCACUACCUCUAGGUACCUAUCCUAUGGUACAUGCUAACUUACUACGCCGCGGCGACACAGACCGGCGAACCGGAUCAGCUUCCCCAGACGAUCUUCCGGACGGUCUAGAUCACGCUCUAGGUCUAUCUAGAUCUAGCUUUGCCAUCCUUCCUCCCCCCCAACCUCCCCCGUCCGGGUUCUGCUCGCAGUUUGUCCGUCCGCGGUCCCGCGAAUCUGGGUCGGCUCUGUUAAGCUUAUUGCCGCGGCCAGAUCUAAGCCUUGCCGUCGGCUGUCUUUUUUUACCUACCUCUACUCUUUUCCGAAAUAAGAGGGGAAAUAAGGGACCCCUUUUAUCUGACAACAUCACCAAAUUUUGGGGGGAUGGGACGACGAAAGCGGGGAGAGGACAGCAAACCAAUACAUACCUGGUACGGGUACCUACUAUGUACCUGCGGAUCCGACGAGAUAAAAAACUUGUCCUAUAAUUCUCAAUUCAUUUUUUAGUAGGUGGGAAUUGGCGCGUAUAAUUACGAAGAGGAGCACUUCUUGCAUAACCCGGCACAUAUUUAACCUGCUACGGGUCAUUUGUUGGCAUAG